CUAACGCAUGUGUAAUGCCUCUGUCUCUUCCUCUUUUGCUCACCCAUUGUCUCCUCUAUUCUCUCUACUUUAUGACUCAUGGUCUAAGACCUGUCAUGGUUGCGGUGACUCACACUUUCUCAAAACACUCAAACCUCUAAACUGACUCUCUGUUGGAAGGGGUCGCUAGUGAGAACGCAGCAUCUAUGUACCUCAGCCACUACUCUGUGGCCAGAGACACAAUGGGGCCAAACAGUUGGUACAGGGUUAUUGUUUUUGAAGACCCGUGCACACUCUGCUGACAGCUUGGACUCCUAACAUAGACCGACUUGCUUCUGAAGGGGUAAAGCUGACUCAGCACAUUGCAGCUGCUUCCCUCUGCACCCCGAGCCGGGCCGCCUUCAUGACGGGGCGCUAUGCACUCCGCUCAGGUCUGGGGAGCGCAGGCAGCAUACAGGUACUGCUGUUCCUCGGUGGUUCGGGGGGGCUGCCACCCAGUGAGACCACUUUUGCUAAGAGGCUGCAGCAAGAAGGAUACACCACCAGCCUCGUGGGUAAGUGGCACUUGGGUUUGAACUGUGAACAGAGAGGGGACCAUUGCCACCAUCCAAACCAGCAUGGCUUCAGCUACUUCUACGGCCUGCCGUUCACCCUGUUCAAUGACUGUGUGCCCGGAGAGGGGAGUGAUAUAAUGGCAGACCUCCAGCACGUACUCGGAAAUCUGACCAUGCUGCUUGGAGUUGGACUUUUCACACUGGUGUGUGUGCGUGUGUGUGGGCUCCUUGAAGUCAGCCUGUGGCUAUUGGUAGCGCUUGUUUUUCUCAGUAUCCUAGCAGCCGCUGUGUGGUAUAUACCCUUGAAAUACCUGCAGACAUGGAACUGCAUCAUCAUGAGAAACCAAGAAGUGAUCGAACAGCCAAUGACAGUAGAGACAAUGCCCCAGAGGUUGCUGAGAGAAGCACAACACUUUAUAAAGAGGAAUGUUGAUCAUCCAUUCCUCCUCUUCUUUUCAUUGGCCCAUAUCCACACGCCACUCUUAAAAACACCUGCCUUUGCUGGUAAAAGUCGCCAUGGUUGCUACGGUGAUAACCUAGAAGAAGUGGACUGGAUGAUCGGUAAAAUCACAGAGACAGUGGACUCCCUCGGCCUUGCCAACAAUACUCUGAUGUACUUUACAUCAGACCAUGGUGGACACCUCGAAGAUGCUGAUUCCAUCGUCGGCCAGAAAGGAGGCUGGAACGGCAUUUAUAAAGGUGGGAAAGCCAUGGGAGGCUGGGAGGGAGGGAUCAGGGUGCCUGGUAUUUUCCGCUGGCCUGGCAGACUGGCAGCUGGAAGAGUAGUGGACGAACCCACUAGCCUCAUGGACCUGUAUCCAACACUGAAAUAUUUGGCCAAUGACACACAACCAGACAGACAAUCGGAUGGCUUUAACCUGAUGCCACUGUUGGAGGGAAAGGUGGAGCGAUCAGAGCAUGAAUUCAUGUUCCACUACUGUGGAAAGUACCUGAAUGCAGUACGCUGGCACCCACCUGGAAGUGACUCUGUCUUCAAGGUGCACUUUUUCACUCCUAACUUUUCUCCCCCGGGAGCCGGGGGCUGCUACGACACCAAGAUCUGUCUGUGUCAUGGAGAACAUGUGACGCACCACAACCCACCGCUGCUGUACGACCUUUUCCACGAUCCCUCAGAGUCCCACCCACUAACCCCUGAUACUCAGCCGCAAUAUGCUGAAAUCCUUGAGCAGACCACCAAAGCAGUGGAGAGACAUAGAGAUACCCUCACAAACCAGCAGGUGUCUGAUGACACUCAUUCGCCCCCCAACGCAGAUGCCCAAAGCAUUCAAAGCCAGAUGACAUUGGACAAGAUUUUGUGGAGACCUUGGCUUCAGCCCUGCUGUGGGACUUUUCCCUUCUGCAGCUGCAAAGAGGACACAACAAAUAUUUAAGAGGCGAUUCUUAAGAUUUCAUUUCUGUUUGAUUUAGAAAUGUGGAAAGAAUUGUAUUGUACUCCGAGUUUUGAAGUCUGGAGUCUUUUUGUUGAUGAGCUUCACGUUUUCAGAGUUCUCUACAUAUUAAAAAUUAUUGCAUGUAAAAAGAAAAAAAAGAAAAGAAAAAAUGCAAAUAUAUAAAUAUUCCAGUACUUUCAUCAGCGAGCGAUAGGCUCAUUCACCAUUUUUCUUAAUCUCUUUUGAUGAUGGAUAUUGAUUUCGGAGACAUUUAUUUAAAUUUAAUUUAAAUCUUUAAUGUUUUUUGUGCCAAAACAGCUCCGACUUGGCUGGCAAAACUGUGAAUACCAAUGUAACAUCAGAAUCCAUCGCGCACAGCCACCUUCACAUCACACGGAUAUUGUAGAAAGGAACUGACCAUGGUGCGGUCGUACCUUUCACCUUAAAAAGUUACCUCUAACUUACGAUUAAAAAAAAAGCUGAGCCUUUCUGAGUAUUUCUGGAACGCCUUGACUAGAUUUCUAUAAAUCUUGGCACAAAUGUCCACUUGGACUCAAGGACAAACUGAUCAGACCUCAAAAAACAUGUUCGUGAGGCGCUAAUUCUAGUUCUGAUCAGUCCGUCUCUUUUCAGUGCACAAAUAUGGGUAAAUAGGUAGUUUUAACUGUGUGCCAUUAGAGGGCAGAGUCUGACUGCUCGAAUGAGUAUCAGAUUCUAAAGGGAAAUUACUGAAUAAAAUAUACAAAAUUG